AUGGCUUCUAACAUCCCAAAUGCGAACGAUGGAAACCAGAAAAAGCUUGAGAAUGUUUUGAACAACUAUCUGAGCAUCUGGAAUGGCGACGUGUCGCGAGUCAACUCGACAUUCGCACCUGUACUUUCUUUCCAUGGUGAUCGUUUCCCAACUUCAAACGGUAGUCGAUUAAUUGAAAUCGGGACCGCAGACGAGUUUGGUGCAUUUGUUAAGAGCUCCCGGACUGGGUGGGACAAAUACGAAUUCAAGGUACAUGCGUGGACAGGCUACGAAAACCAGAUUGCGGUGCGCUGGAAAUUGGAAGCGGUUGUGGGUGCAAACUUCACAAUCGUGCCAACGACUUUGAAGCAAGGCACUCCAGUCACGUACAACGGCACCGACUUCCUCAUCCUAGAUCAAUGCACGGGGUUGAUUAAAGAAAUCAAUAUUGCACAGGAUCUGAUAAGCUUUUUCCAUAAUCUUGGUUUGACUGGUGUCACUGUCUGA